GUGAUGGAUCAAGCCUUUGUGACCCUUGCUACUGAUGAUGUGUACUGUCAAGGUGCUCUGGUGCUUGGACAGUCGUUGAGGAACCAUACUACGUCUAGAAAACUGGCAGUACUAAUUACACCAGAGGUUUCCAGCGGGAUGAGGUCUGUCCUCCGCAGCGUGUUUGACGAAGUAAUCGAGGUGGAUGCGCUUGACAGUGCUGACUCAGUCCGUUUGGCUCUGAUGCAGAGGCCAGAACUGGGUGUAACCUUCACUAAGCUUCACUGUUGGACCCUUACUCAUUAUAGCAAAUGUGUCUUCAUGGAUGCAGACACUUUAGUACUUUGCAAUGUCGAUGAAUUGUUUGAUCGAGAAGAGUUUUCAGCAGCUCCUGAUUCUGGCUGGCCUGACUGUUUUAAUAGUGGUGUAUUUGUGUUCCGACCUUCUUUGAAAACUUACAACCUACUACUCCAGUUUGCUGCUGAACAUGGCAGCUUUGAUGGAGGUGAUCAAGGCUUGUUGAAUAGCUUCUUCAGCAACUGGGCAGCAGCAGAUAUUGGCAAACACUUACCUUUCCUCUAUAACUUAAGCAGCAGUGCUGUAUACACCUAUGUUCCUGCUUUCAAUCAUUUUGGUAGAGAUGCCAAAGUAGUUCACUUCUUGGGAGCGAUGAAGCCCUGGAACUAUGAAUACAGCCUUCAAACAAAGAGAAUUAUGCAGGAUGGUACCACCACCUCUGGAUCUUUUCAUCAUCUGUCAUUUCUUGCCCUCUGGUGGAAUAUAUACAAUGCCAGUAUAUUGCCUUUGUUAGAAAAACUUAAAAAGAUGCAAGAACCAGAAUCUGAGGAAUGCCAGCACACUUUCAAUGGAGCUGAAAUUACACUGAAAAAGGCCAGUCCUCCUGUGGCCAAUUCGCUGCAAAUGCCUGUGCUUCCAGAGCACACACAUGAAGUGCAUCCCACAGCAGGUUCACCUGAGGAACUCGCUUUCAAAGCUCAACCUGUAUGUGAAGUUGAACAAAGUGGUUCUCACAUCCAUCUCUCUGAGCCUGACAGACCUUCAGAACAACUUGUAUUUCAACCUACAUUUCAGGAAACCUCAGAACUGAACGAGGUCUCACGUUCUGUUUCAGAGCUGUCUAUUCAUUUCCAUCCAGAAGAACCAAGUCCAGAAGAUGAACGAAGAAAAUGGGAGGAAGGGCGUAUGGACUAUAUGGGGAAAGAUGCUUUUGAACAUAUAAAAAAGAAAUUGGAUGCAUUUUUACAUUAAGAUGGAGGGUACUGUAAUGGCCA